ACAAAAACAAAACUCGAUUGCAGAAAAUUUUAACCUCAAAAUAUCUCACGCAAGGUUUUGAAAAGCAAGUUCUAUAAAUAAAUUAGCUUAACGUUUCUAACAUUAUGACUAUUUGUGUUUGGUGCCACUUUUGGCGCAUCGCACUGGCAGUUUGUUAGCAUUUGUGGCUGCUUUAUUUGUGACUAAUGUUAGCAAAAUGGCAAGGUUUUCGCCGCAGAUGAGAGAACUGGGGGCUCUAAAUCUCCUGGUUGUUAGAGCAAAUUCGUCACAGCACAAGUUUUAUCUUUGAAGGCUUGUCUUACCUGUUGCAUUUCACUUUAUGCAGCUGCCUUUUAUAGUUUUAUGGCUGAUGUUUGCGAAGCAUAAUUGUGACGGUAAUGUUAUGGACCAUAAUCGUGACCAAAAUGGGAACUGAAUUACUAGCGUUUUGCCGUAAAUGAGAUUUCAAUGAUUAACAAUCAGCUCUUUUUAAGUAAUUCCACCCUAUAGUGCCCACUAAAAAGCUCCCAUUCCCAAGUUACCAAGACAAUCACAGCUUACCCUUUUUUCAACAUUAUACCUUGCUUUUUAUAAUUUAUAGAGUCAACAGAAUCAGUGUAGUUAAUCGAUUUUUAAUAAGAUCCUAACAUUUUAUUUUAACAUUUUUUGUAUUUUUUUGAAAAGGAGCUUUGGUCUGUUGCAGGCAAAAAGGACACCAAGAUGGGGGUGUACACGAAGUGGCGGGACUUCUACAAGGCGCCAGUUACCACCUUCAUCUUACACUUCGCAGCCAAUCUAGUCUUCAUUGGACUAUUCUCUUACAUGGUUCUUCAGAAGAUUGAGUCGACGCCCACGAUUGUUGAGCGUAUUGUGAUUGGCUGGAGUCUCAUUCUCAACUUUCAGAUCAUCAAAGACUAUCUGUCCAUGUCCGACUCCAACCUCCUCCGAAAGGCAUCCUCACUCGAUAAGGUUGACACCUGGUCCCGUGUGGACUUCGCCGUGCUGCUUCUGUUCCUCUGUGGGGUGAUAGUGAGGAGUGUGGGCUAUGACAGUAAGGAUGCCCUGGAUGUGACUCACUUACUUUAUGUGUUUUCACUCAUGUGCUACAUCGUCAAAGUACUCGCAUACAUGGCACUCAGCGACAGGCUAGGUCCACUGGUGGAGAUGUGCUUCAAGAUGCUGAACGACAUCGUCAUCUUCAUGUCGAUACUGUCCUUCGUCAUAGUGGCCUAUGGAAUUGCGGUCCAGGCACUCAUGUACCCAGGACAGAACAAGCCCCUGUUCGGAAUAGUGUGGGGCAUCGUGAUCAGUCCAUUCUUUGAGAUGGUCGGUAACCUGGACUUUCAGAGUAUAGGCGCAUCAACCACCGCCAAAUGCGACA